UCCUAAAGCCCCUCACAUCACCCUUUGCAGCACCUCUUGUAGUUACACGCCCCAUCCUCCAGGCCACCCCACGAUCGUCGUGUGUGGCGCUCAUAUGGCGCCAAUCCACAGCGGUAACCCUAACCUGUGCGUCACUAUCUUAUUCAGACAACGUGAGAUUUUUUUUUAAAUUUUUGCUGUUGAUUGCCACGGUGUUUCUGCGAUGAUCGCCCACCUUGUUUACCACCUCACAUCACAGACACCGAUCCAGCGGGCGGUGGGUGUGCGCUCCACCAACACAGACCUGCAUUAGAACGCCACAGCCACAGCAACACCAGCAGCAGCAGCAGCAGCAGAAGAAGAAGGGGAGAUGCGUCUUUACUCACUGGCCCUUGUCAACCAUCAUCGGUUAAAGUGGACGAAUAUAUGCGAGAGGAGACAUUAAAGACGUUCAUCUCUCUGUACAGAAGAGGCGGCGGCAGUGACAUCCCGCGGACAAGAUGAAAUUUCCGUCAGAAAAUCCAAGAAAACCGGGGAACAUGAACCCUCCGCCAGUUCCAGUACAGACCAACUUGGUCCCUGCAAAGAAGGUGCAGUCGGGGAUGCUGCAGUCCAGCCUGGUGCAAGCCAGCGUUGCCACCAUGCAAAAUCCAAUGGGCUGUGCCCUCCCUCGGCUCUCUGUGAGCUCUCGUCCAGCCAGUGUUGUGGCAAGCAUGGAGGUGGUGGCCGAUGGCUUGGUCCCAUUCACCAUGAUGAAGCUAAAGACCGUGCUUGCGGUGUUUGUGGUGGUGGUGGCGUAUCUCGUGGCAGGCGGCUUGGUGUUUCAAGCGCUCGAACAGCCCUUUGAAAACAACCAGAAGAUCACCAUCACGGCAGAGAAGGCGGCCUUCCUGCACAAACACCAGUGCGUGAGUCCAGAUGAGCUUGAGGCUAUCAUCAGGCACUCUGUGGAAGCUGUGAAUGCUGGCGUGAAUCCCAUUGGUGACACCUCGUACAACUCCAGUCACUGGGACCUGGGUAGUUCCUUCUUUUUUGCUGGAACUGUCAUCACAACCAUAGGUUAUGGAAACAUUGCCCCCAGCACAGAAGGGGGAAAGAUUUUCUGCAUUCUAUACGCCAUUUUUGGAAUCCCGCUCUUUGGCUUCCUCCUGGCAGGUGUCGGAGAUCAACUCGGUACAAUAUUUGUCAAAAGCAUUGCCAAAGUGGAGAAGAUGUUUAGGAACAAACACAACCAGAUCAGCCAAACUAAGAUCCGUGUGACUUCCACCCUCCUUUUUAUUCUGGCUGGCUGUAUUCUUUUUGUCACCAUCCCGGCAGUGAUUUUUAAACACAUCGAGGGAUGGACGGCUUUAGACUCAACAUACUUUGUGGUCAUUACUCUGACGACAGUUGGAAUAGGAGACUACGUCGCAGGUGGGGACAGACGGAUUGAGUACAGAAAGUGGUACAGACCCCUUGUAUGGUUCUGGAUCUUGGGUGGCCUGGCCUACUUUGCCGCAGUACUCAACAUGAUUGGUGACUGGCUGAGGGUCCUAUCGAAAAAGACAAAAGAAGAGGUCGGUGAAAUUAAAGCGCAUGCUGCAGAAUGGAAAGCAAAUGUGCGGGCCGAGUUCCGGGAGACACGCCGACGCAUGAGUGUGGAGGUCCACGACAAGCUCCAGCGGGCGGCCACUAUCAGAAGCAUGGAGAGAAGACAGCUGGGCCUGGAUCAGCGCGCCGUCUCGUUGGACAUGCUCUCCCCGGAACGCCGUGCUAUUUUCAACAGUUUGGACACCAACAGCUACAAGACGUCGUCCCAAGAGAGCAUCGACAUCAAACUGAACAAUCUGCGGCUGCGGGGAAACGAGCAGUGCGAUCGCAGGUCAGACCACCAGACCUCCUCGGAGGACAACAUUUUCAACCGUCUGGGCUCUGUCACCAAGCUUGCCAAGCGCAACAAGAACCUACGGAAGAACAUCCCGGAGGAGGCUCGCCGGCCUCAUAGCGAGGCGUACAGCUGCACGCCUAUCUUCAACUGCAGCACCCUCUCGAUAAAGGACGAAAAAGGGAAGAACAGUGGCGAGGACGAGAUUGAGGACAAGGAGUGCAACACAAGCUUGUCUGAUUUUCCGCUCUACGUAGAAGUCUGUAAACCGCAAAAUGAGAUUAUUAAUAUAGAGCAGACCAAAGAGAAUGACAGGGAUGAAAGACCGGAAAUAGAGGAGAUGCAAAUUUAGACGAACAGCUUUUAAAUGUGAAAUUACCAGAUGUGCCUUAGGUCUCCCUUACGGUGGGUGUCAUUCAUCGUCACAGAGUCACAUGAUGUCGUGUUGACAGUGUUCGUUAUGGCCUGGACAUUCACAACGUACUUUUUGGGUUUAUAAAUGUAAACCUUCUGCAGCUGUGGCCAUUAUUUCUUUCAGUUGUUGCAAAACCUUCUAUCAAACUAAAGUUAGGGGGCAGUGUUGCACAUUAUUCACAACAGCCUAUUAACAAGUACUUCUCAAAUAGUGGGGCGGGCCCUAUGGGGGGGUGCAAUGAGGUACCACAGGGGGGCGUAAGAGGCUUCCAAUGGAAUAUGGCACGCUGGACAUAAGUGUACCACUGCUGUAAUGCUUGAAUGAUAACAAGCCGCCAGUCACUAGGUGGCAGCAACUC